GGUGGUGUUGAUUGUUCGACAAUGACAAUAGGAUUCCAACAGGCGUCUUUAUUAUAGAAGAUGAAGAAACCCAUUUCUAUGAAUCAUCUUAAUAAAAAGUGUAUUGGAUUACACAAUUUCUUCUGUGGGAAUCUAUCAUCGACAACCAUGUUGAAAGAAGGAAGUCGUAUCUUAUCAGACUUGAAGUUUCAGAUUCUUCAAGAAGGAAAACCACAAGUAAUAACUUCAGAUCAAGUAUUUUCUGGAAAGAAGGUUGUUCUGUUCGGGCUACCUGGUGCUUUUACUCCUACUUGUUCCAGACAGCAUCUUCCUGGUUUUGGACAAAAAGUUGAUGAGAUUAAAUCAAAAGGAGUAGAUACAGUUGCUUGUUUAGCUGUCAACGACCCAUUCGUGUUGCAGCAGUGGGCAGAGUCACAAGGAGUGGCUGGAAAAAUCUUGAUGCUCGCUGACGGUGGUGCACAAUCGGUUAAGAAACUUGGUCUUGAUAUAGAUACUGGUGACUUUGGUGGUAUCCGUUGUCGCAGAUUCUCGAGCUUGAUUGAUAACUUUGUUGUCAAAAAGAUACAUUUGGAGGAAGGUACCGGAUUCAGUGGUGCUUCAUCUGCAGAGACGAUAUUGAAAGAUUUGUGAUAGUCAUAUAUCUAUUUGUUCAUGAAUAAAACUCCCCUCAUGAUUGUGUUGGUUGUGACUUCAACUUU